UCGUAUUCUGAACUGCUUGAGCUGAGUUCUACCGAUUUGUUCAGUGUGUUAGCUACUUUUGACUUUUAUGCUAUAGUUUACGUUAAUAUUCUAUAGUAUCACCAUGUCGGUGGCAUUUGCACCUCACAGGCAGCGUGGGAAGGGUGAUAUAACACCCGCUGGAAUACAAAAGUUACUUGAUGAAAACAACCAGCUGAUCCAGUGCAUAAUGGACUUCCAGAGUAAAGGCAAAACAGCAGAGUGUUCACAGUAUCAACAGAUGCUGCACAGAAAUUUAGUGUACUUGGCGACGAUAGCAGACUCGAAUCAGAACAUGCAGUCUCUCCUCCCUGCUCCGCCCACUCAAAAUAUGCCCAUGGGUCCUGGUGGGAUGACCCAAAGUGGCCCCCCUCCUCAACCUCCUCACGGUCACAACAUGCCCUCUGAGGGUAUGGUCAGCGGUGGCCCUCCAGCCCCACAUAUGCAGAACCAGAUGAAUGGACAGAUGCCUGGGCCUAAUCACAUGCCAAUGCAAGGUCCUGGUCCAGGCCCCAACCAGCCCCCAAACAUGCCCAGUGGCUCUAUGAAUAUGCCCCCCAGCAGCCACAGCUCCAUGGGUGGCUACAAUCAUGCUGUCCCUUCCUCCCAGGGCAUGCCAUCUCAGAGCCAAAUGAAUAUGACCCAGGGCCAACCCAUGGGCAACUACGGGCCUCGUCCAAACAUGAACAUGCAGCCCAAUCAAGGUCCAAUGAUGCACCAGCAGCCUCCCUCACAGCAAUAUAACAUGCCUCCUGGUGGUGGGGGACAGCACUACCAAGGACAGCAGAACCCAAUGGGCAUGAUUGGCCAGGUCAAUCAAGGGAACCAUGUCAUGGGGCAAAGGCCAAUGCCGCCCUACAGACCCCCACAGCAAGGACCCCCUCAGCAGUAUCCAGGGCAGGAAGACUACUAUGGGGACCAGUACAGUCACGCAGGACAGGGAGCCUCAGAAGGUAAUGCCCAGUAUGGCCAACAACAGGAGGCAUACCAGCAAGGCCCUCCCCAGCCACAGGGAUAUCCUCCUCAGCAGCAGUACCCAGGUCAACAGGGCUACCCACCACAGCAGCAGGGAUAUGGUCCCUCUCAAAGUGCCCCAGGACAGUAUCCUAACUAUCCUCAAGGGCAGGGACAGCAGUAUGGGGGCUAUCGCCCUCCACAGCCUGGACCCCCACAGGGCCAACAGCAGCGCCCUUAUGGGUAUGACCAGGGGCACAUGAGGAAAUAAAGACCCGGGGAUUUGAACCCCUGACUAGCUCUGUAAGAAGCAAAGGGCCAGUAUGGAAAUUACCAGCAAUGAGAAGUGGUCACAGCAACCUACACAGCUCUGCUCUGAUCUCUAAGCUUUGACCUCUGGUCAGUUACGAAGCAGACUUUAAUGAUGGUUUUAAUCUCUCGUACACACAGACACACAACACUCAAACAUACAAGAUACAGUUUCCCCUCUCUUUGGGAUUUUAUCUUUUGCUGAAAAAAAAUGUAUUCAUGUGUAUCACGUUCACUGACCUAACGUCAAAGUCAGUGAGUCACCUCUGGUCCAGUAUGUCUCAAAGCAGCAAUGCCUUAAAAAAUGGAACUGCCUUAUCCUUUAGCAUUGCAGAUUGUGAAAUGGGCUAACAAAAUUUUGGAUAACAUAUGAUGUAAAUGUACAGUUUCAAUCUACAUGGUGCAUUGUUUCUCUAUCCUUCAGCUCCCUGAUCAUCAGAAGCAAUAAUGCCAGCAGUAGGUAAUUGUGUGGGGACUGUGAAGAUGAAAUAAUGCACCAAGUGAACUUCCAGCUAGGCCAUGGUACAUGUCUUGAUGUAUGUGAUGAUGUAAAAAUAUAUUUUAUGCUUUUUAGAUCAAGCUAACUUUGUAUAAGACAUUGGAAACUAGUACUAAAGCGGUGUUGUUUAUUUCAUCAAGUGUAUGUGUCAAUGUUUUUUUUGUUUGUUUUUUUUUUAAUGCUCUUUAAGAUCCCAUCCAGCACAUUUCCUUUAUUGUUUAAUUGUGUAACAAUUAAAUUAAAUCUGCUACAUCAGCGGCAUGGACUCGGGAAUACAGGAAUGGGAUUUUUUUUGGGGGGGGACAGGCACAGAGAGCAAAUAUGAGCAGCAUAUCUGUUAUUAGAAAUUGCUGUAACAAUUGCUAUAUUCUUUAGGACAACAAAAUAUCUAAUUCGGAUCAUCCUUUUUCUUUUCUUUUUUUUUUACAAAACCCACAGUACUUGUCAGAAUAACGGUCGUUGGCCUGUAUUUGAGUAAUUUGCCCAAAGAGGUAAUAUGUAGCAGAUGCCACUGCAAAUUGUGAGGAAAUGCUCUCUGGAGCCUUGUUUUUUCUACAUAAGCACCUCAGUCUUGUCCAUUGACUGCAAAUUAGUGAAUGAGGAAAGAUCCAACUUGGUGUUAUGAAUAUAUCUGGCAAGUACUUCGUUUGUUAGUUGACAAUGUUUGUUCACAGUGCUGGAAUCCCUCCUCUCCUUUGAAUAAACGUCUUAAGUUGAUGCCAUUCAAAUAGUGUUGUGUGUGAAUAAAAGAUUGUUACUGUCAAAUAUGUAACAUAAGAUGUGAAAAUAAUGUUCUGAAAUUGAUUCCUUAAUUUCACAGUAAAGACUGGUUGUGCAGUUUUAUAUUACUGGCUUGAUAUCUGUAUUAUGGUGCAUAUUUUAUUGAUCCCCACAUGUACAGCGACAUAAAAAGAGGAAUUCAGUGUCCUCUGGUAUUGUUUAUAUGGUUGUUUUAAUAUUUUUCAUUCUGCACCCCAUUCAAGUGGUGGUCACAUUUGUGUCAUGGCAUUGUAUAACUGUACAUUAUAAUAAAUUGGAAGAAUCUUUAAUA